AUGGAAUAUAUAGUUAGAGAUUUCUCUUCAAUUUCUGAUUUUUUGUAUGAGAUUCAAAGCUCCUAUGUGAAUUAAAAUGCUGUUUAGUAAAAAUAUAAUAAUAAUAAGAGCAUUUAAUGCCUUUGAUAUUAUAUUUGUUGCAGGUAGUGGAAAUACAUUACCAUGGUCACAGUAAAUGGAAAAAAUUUAAGUUCUUUAAAGAAUGUGCAUCAAAAUCAAUAAAUAUUUAUUUGCAUGUGGUUGUGGAAUGAUGGGCUUAGUGUUUCUUUCUGCUUCUAACUUUGAUAGAACUGUUUAUUUUACAAAUGAUGAAUUGCAUCCUCAAAAGUAUUUUAUUGAAAAGAGUACUGGAGAUAUCUUUGUUUAUCAUCCUGAUACAAAAACAUGGCAACCUAAAAGCAAUGCAGGAUUACAUAAUAAUAAAUCAGCUCAAGAGUAUUAAAAAUUGGGAAAGUACAUCUUAAAAGCCCCUAUUUAUCGUCCAUUUAAAAAUAUAGAAGUUUAUGCUAGCAAAAGCAACGAAACUAUUGUACAUAUAAAAUCUUCUCAUAUUAAUCAUUACAUUUUCGAAGGACUUAAGAGUUAAUCUUUUGUAGCUACUACAUCUUCUAAGUGGGAUGUUCAUUCAUUUUCUUUUCCUUCUAUUGAAAGGGCUUUUACCAUUUUAGCUGAAUCUGAUAAAGGUCCUAUAAUUAUAGAAUAUGGCUCAUAUAUUAUAGCAACCUUAUUUGAUAUUUCAAUUAAAUAUGAGACCACUACUUAAAUCAUUGAAAAUUAUGUCAAAACUACUGUUGAUAAAAUUAAAGGAGGAGCAAAAAUUUAAGAAUAAUCAAAUGGUGUUUAUAUUGGUAAAAAUAAAUUCAAAGCUACAAGAAACCUUAAAAUUGAAUUGCUUUAUCGAUCAGCACCUAGCUCACCCGAACGUUCUUAAUAAAAAUCAUUUAAACAUAGUGGAUUUGCUGUAAAAAAAUCUUAAUAAAUAUUUACAUCUUAAAAUUUCAUAUCUCCUUAUCGUUUUCAUUAAUCUCUUUAAUUGACUAAAAGAUUACAAUAAAAUUAAAAACACAAAAGUUUUAAAUUAUAAUAAACCGAGAAAGUAUAAUAAACUUUUCAAUCACCUCAAUCAUCCAUGACCAGAAAUGAAAUUAUUAAAUUUCUCCAUCCGUCUUUAGAUAUGGAAUUUAGUUCUUUCUGGAUUCCUGGUUAAUAUACUAAAUUAUCCAAUACUUUUAAACCAAAAAAUAAAUGA